AUGGCAUCUCUCUCUGCCGACUCAUCAUCCCCAGCCCUGGCUGUUUGGAGUGCCGUUCCCCAGGCCCCAGAAGAUGCUAUCUUCAAGCUGACCGCAUCGUAUAAGGCUGACAAGUACGACAAGAAGGUCAACCUCGGUGUGGGUGCUUACCGCGACAACAACGGCAAGCCGUACGUCCUCCCCUCGGUCAAGAAGGCUCAGUCGGAUCUCAUUGCCGACGACACCGUCGACCACGAAUACCUGAACAUCACCGGUCUGCCCGAGUUCACAAAUGCCGCCGCCAAGCUGAUCCUCGGUGCCGACUCGCCGGCGAUUGCCGAGAAGCGCGUCGCUUCCGUCCAGACCAUCUCGGGAACCGGUGCCAACCACCUGGGUGCCGUCUUCCUCCAGCGCUUCUACCAGUACCAGAAGUUCGGCGUGGAGCGACAGAUCCACAUCUCGAAUCCCACCUGGGCCAACCACAAGGCCAUCUUCAACACGGUCGGCAUCGCACCCGUCGACUACCCGUACUACGAUGCCAAGACGAUUGCGCUCGACUUUGACGGCUUCACCAGCGCGUUGAAAAACGCCAAGAACCAGAGCGUCUUCUUGCUGCACGCGUGCGCACACAACCCCACCGGUGUCGACCCGACGCAGGAGCAGUGGAAGCAGAUCGCCGACAUCUUUGUCGAGAAGGGCCACUUUGCCUUCUUCGACUGUGCAUACCAGGGCUUCGCCUCGGGCGACCUCGACCGCGACGCGUGGGCGGUGCGCCACUUUGUGUCGCGCAAGAGCAUCCCGCUGCUCAUCUGCCAGAGCUUCGCCAAGAACGCCGGUCUGUACGGCGAGCGUGUGGGUGCGCUCCACGUGGUCUCGGCAACGCCCGAGCAGAGCGCUGCCGUCUUCUCGCAGCUCGCCGCUAUCCAGCGCUCCGAGAUCUCGAAUCCGCCUGCGUUCGGCGCGCGCGUCGUCAAGAUGAUCCUCACCGACCCAGCGCUGUUUGCCCAGUGGCAGAAGGACGUCCAGGAGAUGGCGGGUCGCAUCAUCACCAUGCGUGAGAGCCUCUUCGAGCUCCUCACAAAGAAGUUCCAGACACCGGGCAACUGGGACCACAUCCUCAAGCAGAUCGGCAUGUUCACCUUCCUCGGCCUCAACACCAACCAGUGCAAGCGCAUGCUCGAAGAGGGCCACAUCUACCUCACCGCCAACUCGCGCAUCUCCAUGGCCGGCCUCACCACCAACAACGUCGAGUAUGUCGCCAGCUGGAUCGACAAGGUCGUCCGCGAGAACAAGUAA